GAUACUCAUUAUUAUUGACUCUUACUUGUAUUUCUCAUCAACGACAUGGUAUUGAUCCAUUAUUAGCCACUGGAAGACUGCGACUUUGAAAGCAAUCCUCGAAAGGAUACUAAAAAAUGCACUCCAUUCUCUGCAUGUCACGGUCAACGACCGCCAUCAAACCAGUACUUCUGGGCAGCAGAGUACCAGUUGCAAGUCCAGCAUCCUCUAUAUUCAAGAGAUACAGCCACGAAUCCUACGGAGGGGAUGACAACCCACAGGGAGAACGACCUGCCUCUCGCAAGAGUCGCGAAUUAGAGCAUCCCGGCCCUCCACCCCCAGACACAAGCAAAGGAUCCGCCAGUACCGGCACCAAACCCCAGUCACAACAAACCCAAGAAGAUGAUCUAUACCACAAGAAGCAGCCCUCCAACAAAGCUCGACCAACCCUAAGCUCAGGACGGGAAUCGCCUAAUGUCGAUGAGCAGGGUAAUACUAAAGAUGAUGUACCAGAAGACGUGAGACAGCACAAUCGGGAGUUGAGUCAGAGGUAUGAUAGGCCUUAUAAUCAGAUUGCGGAUGAAGGGAAAGUGAGUAAAGGGUUUUGGAAGGGGAAUGAGGGGAGUUUGACGGAGGAGCAGGGUGGUGCGAGGGGGCAGUGAUAUAUUGAAAUUUGCGUUUGAUGAAUAACAGAUCUCGUUUGCUAUGAACUAUGUUUGAUAUAUUGUCUGGCUGUAUCUCCCUAUAAAGCUAUAUGAAUAUUCAAGCAUCCUCGCAUUAACGCUGCUCUGAUAACAGAGGCGUAUGCUCUGUAGCUUGCUGAUCUUGCACUUCCUCGGCUGCAGGCUGCGUCUCGUCAGCCAUAAAGGGAUGUUCAAUGAGAUCUUUCUUUGGUCCCAGGUACUCAAAGUAAACUCCCAUGACAAGAAGUGUCCCUUGCAACAGGGCAGUAAUAACGUAUACCCCCCACGCACUCCAGCCUUCAGCACCCAAUCUUUGGGCCAGACUUGCGGCCCAGACCAGACUACCCGGUGUUUGAAUGCACAUCAUGGGGAUACUCAAACUACCGACUUUUUGUAGUCGGAAUGUGGUCCAGAUUUGUGGGAAGUAUUGGAUGGAUGCGAGAACGGCGGACAUGAUACCCAGGAUAUUGGCCCAGGCUUGUAGAUGGUCGGGAUAUUUCAGGGCAACGACAAGUGAUAUAAUAAGCACAAUUGCUGCGUGAACGAGACAAAUGAGUGCUACGACGACAGCGGUGGCAUAGCUCGGUUGUUUAUCGUCGGUGUCUUCAAUAUCAGCGUUACCAUUGCCGUUGCGUUCGUUCUCUGAUUCGGCAGAUGUCGUAGGGUCGACCAGGGAAGUCGCACGAGGAAAGUAUAUCAGAAACAG